AUGGUGUUUGGCGCAAAGAAAAAGCCUAUCCUUGCCCGCAUCCUUGUAACCAUAACGUAUCAACUCGCACCUGCCGCUCGCAAAUUAUUCACAUCCUCGUCUACACCCAAACUUCAACGGAACCAACUCUCCGCCGAAGUGACGCCCUCAACCUUGACAUUUGGACUCAACCAACUCGAACCUGCAGCAAUCAUGUCGACCGACGCAGAAACCCAAAACAACAAUCUCGUUCUUACGGCUCUCUUCAAACAAAUCGAUAUUGGCGCACAUGGCGCUAUCGAUUUCAAACGUCUAGCAGAUGAUAUGGGUGUUAAUGGUCAGAAUGCAGCUCGGCAUCGUUUCAUCCGAUUCAGAAGAUGUUUUACUAGAACCGAUGGUGUAGCUCCCACUCUUGCUGAUGUCAACAACAAUAAUCUGGUUAUGAGGGCCCUUUUUAAGCAACUCAAAAUUGGCAGGAUCGACUUUAUACGCUUGGCGGAAGACAUGGGCGUUAACGGUCAAAAUGCUGCGAGACAUAGGUGGAUUCGGCUUUUGAGGAGUUUGGGUAUUAGCAGGCCAAACAGAGCGGUAGGAGAUGAGGGUAGAGAUGACGGCGGAGAUGACGAGAAGGAGCACAGGGAUAACUCUGGAAACAAAGAUAGGAAAGAGGAGAGAAAGGAGAGUGAUGAAGCAGCAAAUGGCCCUGUAAAGGUCGAAGCGAACACCAAAGUUACUAGAGCAAAUCUGCCUGGCUCGCCACUAAAAUUUGAGAUUACAAGGGAGGGAAGCAGUCUAGAGUCACCCAAGAAAGGUGGCAAGAGAAAUAUUGAGGAUGCUGAUGGAGAAUUAGCUGACGAGAAAGAGGGGGCUAGGUUGAUGCAAAUGCCGGCGAGAAAAUUUCUGAAGAGUGCGACGAAGAGUAUCAAAAAGAGGCAGAGGAGUAUACAGAGGAGCGAUGAUACAGCGGAAGGUUAUUAUGGACAUGGUCAAGAUGAGGGGUUUGAGUCUGGCUUUGAGGACAUCGACUACACAAGAGUUCCUGACAAGAAGAAGAAGAGAGGUAGAAUUGUGGACGAAUACAGUGGCGAGGAAGAUUGGGAAGCUUAG